ACGGGGAAUAUUAACUUUCACUCCCAGUUAAUUAUUAAGAGGAGUUUUCAGCGGACUACGUACGGUGAUAUUCUUCAGUGCCAGAGGAAAAUGGCUCAGUUAUACUACUUAGUUUCUAUUUAUUUAGCAAUAAUUUGCAACAUCAGGUCUUUGCAAGCACUUCCUCGGAAUUCAAGUUGCGAACAUGCAGGAAAUUGUGCCCGAGCUCAGGUUAUCCCAACAAUAUGUCCAGCAGGUCACUUCUGCUCUGAGGAUGGUGGGAAGGUUACUCCUUGCCCAGCAGGAUCCUACAGGUCUGGGGAAGAAUUAGGAGCACUAGACCAUUGCACAAAGUGUCCUGUGAACUUCUUUAACCAUCUUGUUGGACAAAAGGCUUGCUUGCCAUGUGGGUCUGAAGCAAUGCAACCUAAGGAGGGCCAGAUCACCUGCCUCUGCCAUGGUGAAGGCCGGAUUUUCCAGCCCAAUGAUGGUCGCUGCCCAUGUGCUCCUGGAUAUCGACUGGCUGGUGACACAAAUAACUGUGUACAAAUUGUAUACGACAUAUGUAGAGAUGGAAAUGCUCGCAACCAAGAGGGACAAUGCCUGAGUGAAGGCGAAUGGUCUGACUACUGUUCAAAUCAGAUCUGUGUGCAACCAAAAUAUUUCCAAGGUUAUGAUAAGGUUCUAGGACUCUGCAUUUGUCAGACAGAACAUCUUGAUAACCUUUGCAAUGCUGAAUGCCGAAGGAGGCAAAAACGCAUACUGCAAAUAUUGUGUGUGGAAGAAACUCCUAAGAUCCGUGCCAUUGACUCAUCGGGGGAACAGGCACUUUUCCCAACGCAGGAUGUAUUUGGACCUCUUGUAGUUGACCACCCUGUUGAUAAGAUGAUAUGCUCGUCCUCACAGAGAACUAGUGUCCAUUCUGUCUAUGUAGUUGCAUCCACUGGGCAAGGCUUUUUGGGAGUAUAUAAUGCAAACCCACAAUUAAUUAAACAAAUGAGCGAAGGUCAUUUCAAUAUCACAUUAUCUAAACUCUCAGGGGAAGACAGAAUGUUCACGUUUUAUCCCGUUUCUGGUAUCCUGAACCCAACCACAUGUAUACAUGUUAAUGAAGUCAUCAUGUUUAUUGCUUCCAAACACGACUACCCCAUGUAUGAUGUGGAAAAGCUGAGAUGGGAUUCCUCUGAAUCAGAAAGAUGGACUAUGAGUGCUAGAUUCACUUCCUGCUCUGUCACUUUGUUUUGAUACUUCAUUAGCACGAUGCACUUGCUGGAAUAAUAACCACAGAAACUACAGUUCUUGUUGUUGUUGCUGUGCCAGAGAGCACGAGAGGCUCAUGUAGGAGGGCUCUCUUGCUCUCCCCUGCGGCUCAGUUGAUAGCAUAGCCAAUGCAGAGAACUGACUAACAGGAAGAGCAGGGACUACAUUUCUAAACAGAUUAUUUUAAAUGUGUAUAAUUUAUAGCAUCUC